AUGGUGAAAACUGUAGAGGAAGAACUGGAAGAUUACAUCUGGGGAAGAUGCAAGGAGAAGGAUUACCUGGAGAGGGUUGUGAAAUGCGAUGAGUUUACAUCAAACAAUAUACUUCGAAGAGUUAGUCAGAUUGAUGAAUCUCUCAACAAACAACUGCGGAAAGGGGUUGAAGAGAACCUUUCACGUCUCCUGGAGCAAACUACUGCAUUGGAAGCAUUAGACUCUACGCAGCGAAGUGUUCAUUCGGAGAUGAAUGAAGUAUACGAAAACUGCGAUAGGUUUGCUAAGACACUCGACUCGCUACUGAACGACUAUCGGCAAAUGGUGAAACAAUUAGAAGGAUAUGUUGCAGAGAGAAACCUAACAGCAGAUGCCAUCAGAUGUGAAGAAUUGAUGGAAUCCCUCGACAAAAGACAUGAAAUUGUUAAAAGGUCAGAAAUUAUAUGCGAAAUAAAAGGGAUUGUCGCAGAUAAUCCAGAUCUUCUAAAAAUCACAUGGUUGCGUGAGACUCUCACUACGCGUUUGAAAGCUGUGGAAAAUGAGGUUCGACGAUCUGCUGCUGAUGACAUGCGCAGAGGACUUAUAAGUCUGAAUGCUUCGCUGGUGGCAUCUGCCAUAAGAGCAUUGACGAAUCUAGGCGUUCUUGAAGCCGAACUAGAGGUACAGCUGUCAGCAUCGGCUACUGAGAUAGAUGCAAAGAUUGUGGAAUUGUCGUCGAACCCUGAAAAUAGCGCUAGGCUUCUUCCGCAGUACAUCAACCACAUCCAUUCUCAGCUUGAACAAUGCGCAUUGUUAGGUAAGCCGCAACUCAUGAAGUUUGUUGAAAAAUUAGCACGAAUAAUCAGAGCUCGAGUCCCGUUGGAUGCUCCUUUCUCAUUGAGAUUUGUGCAGCAAAUGAGCCGUGUCCUCAACUCUCGGCCCGAAUGUUCUGCACCGUUGUUCGAAUCACUCCGUCCAUUGAAGAAUUCCAUACUUAGUCAUUCUUUGGCACGUCUUCAUCAGAUUGUAGAACAACAUGACUUUGCCACCGUUCAGAAUAGCGUCUUUGUUGAUAUGUUGGUGUCUGCUAUUCAAGAGGAAAUGAAGCGUCUAGAAUGGGAUAUGGAAUUGCGAGCGGAGAUGCAGAGAAAUACGCAAAAGUGCUUGGACAUGGUAGCUAAACGACUUGAAUCCGAAGUCAAACUCGACUCCGAAAAUCUGCUUCUUGGUGAUCGUCUCCGAAGUGAUCAACUGAAAAAUUACCGCUUACUUGAAAUUGCGAAUAAUCUUGCUGUAAAAUUCCCAGCACAAGCAAAGUCGCUGCUCUCAUUUGAGCAGGACUCUGUUUCUCAUAUCAUGGAGGCUAUUCAUAAAAGUAUUUCCACAAUCAUCACAACUAUGCACCGAGACAUGAAAGGUGGUAAAGCUGUGUCGCCUUAUAUGCAGGAGCUUAUAGCCUACAUUGGACGGAUUGCUUUCCAUUUUUCUCAUUUUCCUGCCACAAUUCGACAUACUUCUGCACUGUCAUCAAUCUCUGACUACAUAAUUCAUCUUUUCAUUGUCAAUGCGACCUUGGUUAGACCGCUGACUGACUCAGUUCGCGAGCAACUUCACAAUGAUCUGGAAAAGCUUUUGGAAGAGCUCGACUCACACUUGGCACCAAGUCUGAAAUAUCCCAGAAAAGAUCCUCUUUUGUCGUUGUUUUCGACAAGGAUUUCACAGAAUCCAGAUUUGAUCAGUGCUGAUGCAUUGCCUGCAUGGAUUUAUAUUCAUGCACUUAUCGCCGAGAGUCCUGAUGCACUUGUUUCGCCCCAUGUCAGCGUAGAAUGGACGCUUGAGCAGUACGUGAAAUGGUGCUGUGAUAAUCCAGAUCUGGAGAUAAUCUCAUUUCUCAAUGGGCUGAUGACGUCAUACAAUGCCUCAGUAAUCAAUCGUCAUGAAGUCGAAUAUGUGCCGAAUUACCCAUUAAUAAUGGAGUUAAUAAAGAAAGGAACAGAUGCGUCUAUGCGUUAAUCCACAUCUUUUUUUUU